ACUAUAAUUGGAUGACACUCUAGUCUAACAUUUUGUGCUCUUGAUUUAUUUUAUUGAAGAUGUAGCCAAUCUCCCCUUUCUCAUCAGCCAACUACAGAACCUUGCAUUAAAUGUUUGCUUAUUAUUUUCCUUGAUUCUACAACAGAUGUGGAGAUUUCUACAUACCUUUAUAGUAGCCUUCAAUGGAUAAGAAAGUCAUACCUGAUAGUAUCCUUAUGCUCCCAUUCUUAGUAAUAUGCUUUACUUUUUUAAAUAGAUCAUUAACCGCAAUAAUUGAAGAUCUGCCAUGUUCUUUGCACGUUGUACACUCAGUAAUAAUUAACUUUAAUUUUGCCUGUCAACCUUUAGCUGUGAAAAAGCACAUCUCUUUUUCAGAAGGAUCUGAGAUCAGAAGACACUCCAUUAUGGAUGACAGGAUAAGAAGAGACUCUGCUCCAUCUUUUGAUGGCAAAAUAGAAGACAGGACUGAAAAAUUACACCUCAAACGUGAACUUGGCCUGGUUAGUGCUGUGUCACUGAUAGCUGGCACCAUGAUUGGCUCUGGUAUCUUCAUGUCCCCUCAGUGGGUCCUCUAUUACAUGGGCAGCCCCGGAGCCAGCCUGUUAAUUUGGGCAGCCUGUGGUGUUUUAGCAAUGUUGGGUGCUCUUUCCUAUGCAGAACUUGGCACUGUUAUAAAGGAAUCUGGAGGGGAGUACAUUUAUAUUUUACGGAAUGUUGGCACCUUACCAGCUUUCCUCCUGGCAUAUACCUCAGUCAUUGUGGUCAGACCGGCUGGCAUUUCUGCUGUCUCCUUAAGUUUUGCAGAAUAUGUGGUGGCUUCCUUCUACCAGGACUGCCCACCACCUCAGGUAGUGGUGAAGUGUACAGCAGCUGCCUGUAUCCUCGUCCUGAGCAUCAUCAACUGCCUCAAUGUCAGGCUUUCUGCCACUAUCACUAACUUCUUCACGGCUGCCAAACUGUUGGUAUUGCUGGUCAUAAUUGUGGGUGGUAUGGUCCUCUUGGCCCAAGGAAACACUCAGGUCUUCCAGAAUGCCUUUGAAAAUACAGUUUCAGGAUUUGGUCCAGUUGGAGUGGCUUUUUAUCAAGGACUCUGGUCUUAUGAUGGAUGGAACAAUCUGAAUUACGUAACUGAAGAAGUGAAGAAUCCUGAGGUGAAUCUGCCACGAGCUGUGAUGAUCGCAAUUCCACUAGUAACAUGCAUCUAUCUCCUGGCUAAUGUCAGCUAUUUUGCCGCAAUGACGCCUCAAGAACUUCUCUCUUCAGACGCUGUGGCCAUCAGCUGGGGGAUAAAGGUGCUGGGAAGCUGGACUUGGAUAAUAUCUUUGGGUGUGGCACUUUCUACUUUUGGUUCAGCCAAUGGAACCUUCUUCAGUGGGGGUCGCUUGUGCUAUGUGGCAGCCAGAGAAGGCCAUUUGCCUGAUGUUCUGUCGAUGGUUCACGUGAAACGGCUCACACCAUCCCCAGCCCUGAUCUUCACAACGUUUAUCUCAUUAAUAAUGAUCAUUCCAGGAGAUUUCAGCACUAUCGUAAACUUCUUCAGCUUUACAGCCUGGCUGUUCUACGGUAUAACGAUUUCCGGCCUGAUAUAUAUGAAGAUUAAGAAGCCGGAUAUUCCCCGACCAUAUAAAGUUCCGAUCGUUAUUCCAGUUAUUGUACUUAUCGCCGCCGUGUACCUAGUCCUGGCACCCAUCAUCGGCAGUCCUCAGCUGGAGUAUCUCUACGUUGUGCUCUUUAUCCUCAGCGGAGUUAUUCUUUACAUUCCUGUGGUCUGUUAUAAAUGGUCUCCCAAAUAUUUUCGAUCCAUCACACUGUAUAUGCAGCUCCUGCUGGAGAUCUCUCCAUGUGACAGGAAUGACUGAGAUGAGGCCUGGAGACAUCUGUGUCCCUCUUAUCUGUUUACAAAUUCCAGUAUUUCCAGUUCUCUUUCUCCAACCCUGAAGGUUUGAAUGAAUGUCACAAUCUCCCCUCCUCCAAUCACAGAAUGCCUUGCAUUAUGUUAAAAGAAUGGAAGACGUUUUCUGAAUGGAGGAGGUGCCGAGCAAGCUACCAUCAAUGUGCCAGACGUUCAGCAUUUACUGUAAGGACUAAAUGAAAGUCAACGUUUUCAGGAAAGCAGUAUACACAAUUGGCACACACUUCAUUAGUGGUCAUUUACGUUUACAGUGCAAAUGUCCCAAAAUUGUUUUUGGCAAGAGCUUUAAUGCUGAACCCCAGGGAGAGAUAAAAGUAUCAAUGUGUGCAGGCUUAU